CCGUAUCUUAUUUAUUUUAUUUUAGUGUAUAUCUGAGGAGAACUGUAGAACUAAGGGUUAGGAGCGUCUAGCGAGAAGAGAGUUUCAAGGAGUCUGUCCAUCCCCCAGAUUACGAUUAGUUUAUUCGAUUUUAUGAUGCACUUCGAUUUAUUGGUUUCAGCUCGUAAUUUUCUCAUGGUCUCCUUUGGUGGCGAUCUAUACGAGAAUGAUUCAGCAAGCCCUUAUUACGCAUUGUUACGACUUAGAAGAAGGUCGCUAGCAGAUGAAUGGCAAUGAGCGCUGAGAGCUCCGAUAGCGAUUCAAUGGUGCAAGAACUUCGAAGUGAUCAUUCGAGCAGCUGUACUCCUUCCACAUCUGGUGCUUCCUCUCCUUGUCAUUCGGUUUCUCGUAGACGAAAAGACAAAAUGAGAAAACAGGCAUCUCGCAGCCGUUAUCUACUUGCUAUUGAAGACAGGAAUAGGCUGCGAAAACUAGCUGCUCGAAAAGUAAGGAUUGCAUCAAAUACGAUCUCAGCAACAACGUUUCUGCGUUGGAAGGAGAAGAUUGACCGUAAAUUUGAAAAACAGUUUGAGAAGAACCGAGGUAACCUCAAGAGGUUGCAGCAAGAGAACGAAAUGCUCCGUGCUCACCGACGGACUUUUAUCGAAGGCUGCAACGCUCUAAAAAGUUGUGCUGUGAUGCUGCAAAUGAGGUUGGAGCAACAAUUAGAUUCUUCUCCGGAGUUCGAUUAUUCUUCAUCACAUGACUUCUUCUUCCCACACAGUUGAGCAUCCGUCUUUUGUUUUGUGUCUCUCGAGGGUUGGUAACUGGUGAGGAUAAGCUGUCGAGGUAGUCUUGGUGGUUUGUGGUGGAAGAGUGAGUGUGAAUUUGCAAAAAAUUACCCUAAAGUCAAAAGUCAUCAAAAAUGCAAACGUGAUCUCCUUACACGCGGUAUAAAAAACUACAAAGCACUGAGUUAAAUCGUCAAUCGGUCUUUCAUGCUGCUGCCUUCUGCAUGUAAAUUUCUUGCUAUUUUCGGUACUUGAGUACAUAGUUCAUGCAUAGUUUUCCUCUUUGAAUAAAUCUUGUUUCAAA